GAGACCAAAUCCUCCUGAUCUGUAGACCAGGACCCUCUGUGUUCCCUCUGUACAGUACUCUCUGAUUUCAAGCCUCAGAGCAGAAUCUCACCUUCAGACCUUCAAAACCCCCCCCAACAGACUGCAAAUCUGUUCUCCUCACCUGCCUGAGACGUGUUGGUUUAAAGGAACUACCAGAGUCUGUGAAACGCCAUGUCUGUGAUUAAACUCCUGUUCUGUCUGCUGUUAACCUUUCACCUCAGUGAGGGGAAGAGAAUCAAAGGAAACAGAUCAGGUGUAGCAGGCACAAUGCAGAGGAGAGGACUGGUGGUCAAAGAGCCAUACGUCAGCAGCUCCGUCUUCAGGCUGUUUGUAGGAGGUGAGGACACCUGCACGCUGGACCCUCUGCAGCUGCACACACUCACCUCCUGUGGCUUCAACAGCAGUAAUCCCCUCAUCAUCAUCACUCACGGGUGGUCGGUGGAUGGGAUGAUGGAGGGCUGGGUGCUCAGGUUGGCCUCGACCCUAAAAACAAAUCUGAUACAUGUUAACGUGGUGAUCACUGACUGGCUGACCCUGGCACACCAACACUACCCUAUAGCAGCACAGAGCACCCGCAUUGUUGGAAAAGACAUCGCUCACCUGCUGGAGACUUUUAAGGAUCUGUACCAGUACCCAGUUAGAAAGGCUCAUCUGAUUGGCUACAGCCUUGGUGCUCACAUCUCUGGAUUUGCUGGAAGCUUCCUGGAAGGUCUAGAGAAGAUCGGAAGAAUUACCGGUCUGGAUCCAGCAGGGCCACUGUUUGAAGGCAUGUCUCCCACAGACAGACUGUCUCCUGACGAUGCAGAGUUUGUGGAUGCCAUCCACACCUUCACACAUGAACGUAUGGGCCUCAGCGUAGGCAUCAAACAAGCUGUGGCACAUUACGACUUUUAUCCUAACGGAGGAGAUUUCCAACCAGGAUGUGACCUGAAAAACAUUUACGAGCAUAUAAGCCAGUAUGGGCUCCUCGGUUUUGAACAGACGGUGAAAUGUGCUCAUGAGCGAUCCGUCCAUCUCUUCAUUGACUCUGUGCUGAAUAAAGACAAGCAGAGCAUGGCCUACAGGUGCAGCGACAACAACGCCUUUGACAAAGGCAUGUGUCUGGACUGUCGCAAGAAUCGCUGCAACGUCCUUGGCUACAAUAUCAAAAAAGUUCGCAGUGGCACCAGCAAGAGGCUCUACCUGAAAACACGCUCGCAGAUGCCUUACAAACUCUAUCAUUACCAACUCAGGAUCCAGUUUGUGAACCAGAUGGAGAGGAUGGAGCCAUCUCUCACCAUCUCCCUGACUGGAACAAAGGAGGAGAGCGGUGAUCUCCAGAUCUCUUUCACUGAACAAAUUUCAGGGAAUAAGACCUACACCCUUCUGAUCACUCUGGACAAAGACCUGGGGGAUCUGAUGUUGUUAAAACUGCGCUGGGAGAGUCCUGCCCUGUGGAGGAACGUCUGGACCCGAGUCCAGACCAUCAUUCCCUGGGGCGGCCGGCGGACAAAACUCCAGCUGACUGUCGGCAAGAUCAGUGUCAAAGCUGGAGACACACAGGACAGGACAUGUUUCUGUGCCAUGACAGACGAUGGACAACACAUCGAGGUGUCACAGGAUAAAGUGUUUGUUCGCUGUAAAGAAGACGCAUCAAAACAGCGCAGAAGAAAACACAACUAGUGAAUGGGUAGAAGCACUCUGUGUGUCGAUCAGACUGAAGAUCUGUGACCGACGGCCUGGACGAUCACACAGCUAGAUGAAGUGAGGCUGUGCAGGUUCAGCUCAAAUAAAUAAUUGUCUGAAAAAUGUGGCAUUGAACAAACAGUGUUACAGUUUAAUGGGAGAGUUGAAUCCUGGGAAACUGAGGUUAGAAAACAACUAGCAACUUUUGUAAACUGUGUUUUUUGUAUGUGAUCUGAAUCUGAUCCAGAUCCUGUGUUUGAAUGUCUGUCAGGGUAAAAACAAUUGAAAAUUUGCCAAAUCAAAUAUUAAUAGAACCCAGAGUCAAAGUUCAAUGACCUUGAACCAAAGACUGUAAAUGUAUUUUUUUUAUGUGUGUGUACUGUGUAAAAUGAAAAGCUACAUCUGUUUAACCAAUAAAACUUCAGCUACAGAUAUAUUUGUUAAUCCAACUCAAACCAGAGCAAUAAAUACACACUGUUCUUUUCUAUUCUAA